AUGGAGCAGGUUAUGGAUGUGAGCUGGAUGACCCAUGGAAAAGAUAACUGGAACAGUCGUGUCGCCUGGAAUUCUUCAGCUGACCAAGCCCAAGACUCUGCUCCGAACCGCCCGCUUAAACCUACAACUACCGCUACCGCCAAUGGUAAUGGUAAAACCGUUUCCCCGCCGCCUCCUUCAAGCUCGCCUCGUUCUCCGACAGAGUCACCCGCUCCAACAAAGUCCCUUGCUCAACGAACAGGUAGAGGGAGAAGUCAAUCCGUCGAAGGUUCACCGUCGCAAAAUAUUACACCACCGCAAAGAAGAGGAUCAUGGUUCUCUACCAUUUCGUCCAGAUUUUCCACGUCCCCAACAGUUACUCAAUCUCCCCCUCCAGUUGCAACGCCACAAGACGAUACCGAUGAUGUGACACCGUUACCCAAGAUAUCGCCGAACAGAAAUGCCGUUCUCCCGCAUGCGUCGCGCCAGACUGGUGAUGCUCCAUACGUUCCCGCACCCCCGAAAUCCAACCAGCCAGGGUUUUUAGGAGUCUUUCGUCGCCUGUCGUCUUCGAACGGGAAUGCUAUACCAGGUUCUAGAGCUAGUCAUGGUCUUGUGGAACGGAAGGUGCUAAAUGUCGAUAAACACAGAGAGAGAUGUCGUGUACACGAACUCAGCCAGGCAAAACUCCGUAGAGUUGCAUUCUGCGUCGACGUCGAGAUUGCGCCACUGCCUAAGUAUGCGGACGAAGAAGCUGCCAAUAAAAAACCGGUUGACAAAACUCAGAAGCGAAAAAUGACCGAAAAGAGCGAAGGCGAAACAUUGAAGAACCCCAAGGCCAUAGAAGAGCAAAAGGAAAAUGCUGGAGUAGUUAAGGCAACUGGCGAAGCCCUUCCGAAAGAGCCGGAAAAAGAGGGUACUCAGGAAAAUACCAAGGCAACAAAUGAACUACCGAAGGUUAAUGGCACUGCGGAAGAAGAAGGACCUGUAAAAGAAAAAGAGACGACACGUAAGAAGGAAAAGAAGAAGAAAAGCGAGGCAGAGCGAAAGGCCAAGAAAGAACAGAAACGAAGAGAAGCUCUCGAAAAAGGAGCUAUCCCUAUGGAACUUUACUUCGACAGCGAUAGCUCAACAGAGGAUCUAUCAAUAAAAUCAACAAUCACCAAAACGCAAUCGGCACCUACGACGAACCCUGGUAGGAUAUAUCGACGAUGUUGUCAAUUGCGAGAAACCGAUAUUCUCACCAAGAUCACUCUACAGCUUCCAAAAACAACGGAGUCGUGUGCGAAUGGCGUCCUGGAAAAGCUGGACCUUGCUGGCUAUUUCAUGUCGACACCUGACUUGGUUACAUUAGGAGAUUUCCUUGCGGUUGUUCCGGUUAGGGAAGUUAUACUAGAAAAUUGCGGAUUAACGGACGAAGGUGUCCGUGUUAUUCUCGCCGGACUAUUAGCUGCCCGGAAAGCGACGAAUACCGGAAGACGAAAAUCCAUAUCCAAAGCUUCCGAUUUGAUCCAGCAAGGCGGUGUGGUCGAGAGGCUAGUGCUGAAGAGUAACAGCAAAAUUACUGGCGAAGGAUGGAAACACAUCUGCCUCUUCAUCCAUAUGUGUCGUUCCAUCAAAUAUCUCGACCUUUCUCAUUUACCUUUCCCUGUUCCGUCAGACCCUCCAAAGACACCUCUCAAUCACCACUUUCAUAUUGGUGGAGAUUACAAGCCUCUAGCUCCGAUCGAUCUAUCUUUGCUUCUCGCUAAGGCUAUUGGGGAACGUCUCGCUGGGCCCGAACUAGAACUUCUCAAUAUCAGCUCAACCGGAUUAAGCUCCAAUCAACUUGGAGCUAUCAUCGACGGGGUUAUUAAAUCGGGAGUAUCGAGACUCGGACUUGCAAAUAAUAAUCUCGAUGCACAGAGUAUUCAGCAUAUCGCGAGAUAUCUGCGCCAUGCGAAAUGCGAAGGACUGGAUCUUGGCGGCAACGAUCUCAGGGAUCAUCUCGCAGAACUGGCUGCCGCUUUUGACGAGAAAGAAGGGAUAUGGGCUCUCAGCUUGGCUAACUGUAACCUCAUACCAGCUUCCUUGUGUAAACUAUUCCCGAAGUUGGUGAAGCUUCGGGAAUUCAAGUUCUUGGACUUAUCACAUAACCAAGCACUCUUCGAAUCCGAGCCCAGCGCUCUCGGAUUAAUACGCAAGUAUUUGCCUGAGCUGAACAAUCUGAGAAGAUUGCACCUCGCAGAUGUCUCAUUAUCAUCAGAACAAGCGAUUGCCCUCGCUGAAAUAUUGCCAGAAGUGAAGAAUUUAGCGCAUAUUAACCUUCUCGAGAACCCGAAUCUUGUUAGCCUAGCUGAUGCCAGGACCGAGGAGAGUCAAGAAGAAGCUUGUGCUUUAUACGCUUCUCUUCUAGCCGCCGCCCGCGUGUCAAGAGUGUUGGUUAAGAUCGACAUCGAUAACCCUUCUCCCGAAUCUGGCGAAGUUGUGAAGGCGCUAGCAGACCGCGUCGUUGUGUACUGCAUGAGAAAUCUGCAGGGAGUGCCGGACAUCCGUGACUCUACCAGUGAAGAUGGCCAGAAAGACAAAUUGCCGGACGUCCUUCGACAUCUCGUAGGCCACGAAGAAGAUACGCCACUUAUGGAAUUACAUGAUGACAGCGAGCCGGCGCCUGAUGAGGAUUAUGUCAUUGGUGGUACAGGUGUGGUGAAAGCCCUGGCUUGUGUUUUGAAGAACCGGGAAGGCGAUUCAGGCGAUUUGACUAAAGAUCUUGAGUCUGGAACCACAACACCCAAAACACAAGUUCUCCCAGAAAAGGUCAAGGAUACGUCCAAAUACCUGCUUAUUAGCGCACGGAAAAUUCGCGCUCGCCUACAGCCAGCCUUGGCUAUGGCAAAAGCAUCCUCCAGGGAGGACAUCCACAAUUAUCAUCGCCUUAUCUUCCUUGACCAGACCAUCGAAGGCAUUAUUAAACGCUUCGAGGACGAGUUUCCAGAAACACGUCAAAACUCGACAGAAAUUGCCAUACCGGACCGCACGAUUGCUACCGCACCCGAACUCAGCACUUCGGUCUCGUCGCUUGAAGCUGAUGCUGGCUUAAUGUCAGAUACGGAAGAUCUCGAGACUGAAGUUCGUUCACCUCAGUCCACGUCCCGAUCGAAUUCCAUCAUCUCGCACACCUCUAAAGCUCUCGUCGAGGAAGAAGGCCUAGCUCUCCGCGUCGGCCAUAGAUUCCGCCGAGGUCUCAUCAAGCAAGAGCAUUAUGACUUACUAACCAGUUCGGAGGAGAUCGGGAAAGAUCCUAAUCACGUUACGGUUAUAUCGUCCAUCAUAAACGAAUUGAUGGAAGGGGAUGAGGAGGUUAUGAAAGACGUCCAGGAGGAGGGACCGCUGCGCGCCUUCCAGAAACACAGGGAACAGAUCGUCAAGAGGUUGCGCGAGGAAGACCCGCAGUACUGGGAGAGUUUCGUCGAGGCGCAGGAGAAGGCGAGGGCCAACGUCCAGAUCGAGGCCAAGAACGAGCCUCAGCAGCAGAGCCUGAUGGUUGACGAAGAGGCUAUUGAGGAUUAG